AUGCAUCUGAGCACGUUUGGGCUGCUUGCCCUUGGGGCAGCUUCAGUCGAUGCCUUCCGUGACACCUCUCCAUUCUUUCUCGCAUCAACCUCCGAGGUCCUAGCGAACUCGGCGAAUAUCAAGACCAGCGCCUCCCUGUUUGAAGAGCUUUCCUCUUCCCUCAGCGCCUGCCCUUCAGAGUACUAUGUCGUUGUCAACCAGCCUGGUGUGCACAGCUCCGACUUCUCAAGCCGCAAAUCGGCACCUCGCCUCGGCGCGAAGAUGCUUGGAAAGGACAAGUCCAUCCGAUCGAAGAUGAGCGUCAACGAGGUGACGGGCUUGUUGGAGGUCAAGCAAAUCAAGGACCUUCUGGAGGUCAAAUGCCAGGCGCAGACUACCGUCAUCGACGGCUCCUCUGGAUCGUAUCCAUCCUACUUUGAGUCGGGUCCUCGAGUUAUUGACAUCGAGUUUCCCAUGCUCUCGCUGGGCUCGGACCGCGCCAACCAGCUCUCUGACAAUGAUGGCCUGAUUUCCGAUAUCAUUGAUCGCAUUCCUUCCUCCUCCAAGUAUACUCUUCUUUAUGUCACCACGCCGAGAGAAUUCCCCGAAACCGACUCCAUCGUCUACGAAUCCGAGGACGCGUAUCAAGACUCCGUCCGAAUGGAACUCAAGCGCGACUACUCUUCCUACUCUUCCUAUUCUAGUGCCUCCGAUUCGUCGAAUCGCAACACAUCUCUGUUUGACGAAUAUCAAUACUUUACUCCAGGCAUCUUCAUGGGCUUGAUGGCUUCAUUCCUAUGCCUGAUCAUCUUGUAUAUUGCAAUCAGCGCCGUGAGCAGUCUCCAGGUUCCCUAUGCUGCGUUUGAGAAGGACACGUCCUCUGCUGCGCAGAAGAAGCAGCAGUAA